AUGGGGUAUGAAGAGUGGAAACCAUAUAUACUGUGUGUGUUCUCUAAUAUCUGUUUUGCAGGUUUUAACAUUGUGUCAAAGGUCUCCCUGGACAAAGGCAUGAGCCGCUACGUGCUGGUUGUCUAUGGAUAUGCUUUUGGAACUUUAGCCACUGCACUUCUUGUUCUUCUCUUUGAAAGAAACAAUAAAGGCAAAAUGAGCAUGGCAGUCUUGCGGGACAUCUUCUUUCUGGGACUUCUAGGCGCUGUAUUAGGACGGACGCUAUAUUAUGCGGGAAUGGAGUAUACUUCACCAGCUUUUGCAUCCGCCAUGGGCAACUUGAUUCCAUCAUUUACCUUUGUCUUGGCACUUCUGUGCCGGAUGGAGAAAUUGGAAAUUUGGAAGGUGAGUUCCCAAGCCAAGAUAGGAGGAACUCUUGUGGCCCUCGCUGGUGCAACGCUGAUGACAAUAUACAAGGGAAUUGUGGUGAUUUCACCCCACACCAGACGUUCACAUGAGCCUGCAGCCACCUCUUCAAAAGCAUUCCUAGAUUGGGAGUGGAUAAAGGGCUCCCUCAUGCUUGCAACUUCAUCCCUUUCAUUGGCAGCGUUCUACAUCCUACAGACUACAACACUUAAGAAGUAUCCAGCGCCUCUUACUAUAACGUGGUUAAUGUGCUUAUCAGGGACUUUGUUGGCAGCAAUCAUGACACUGAUUUUCGAUCAUGAAGUCUCUUCAUGGAGGUUGUCAUGGGACAUCUCCCUAAUCGCUCCCAUAUACUGCGGAAUUAUGAUUUAUGGAGUUACAACUUUUGUUCAAAUGUUGGUAAUCCAAAAAAAAGAUCCGGUUUUUGUGACGGCAUUUAGACCACUAUCCACGAUACUUGUAACAUUGAUGGGCCUAGUUAUUUUAAGAGAUGCACUACACUUGGGAAGUAUUGUUGGAGCUAUAAUGAUAAUUUUUGCUCUCUACACAACUUUAUGGGGAAAGAGGAAGGAGAAAGAGAAGAAAUUGAUGGAGAAUACAAAUUUUGAACAAGGUAUGGAAAGCAAACUUGAAAAUCAAUAGAGAUUAAGAAAGAGCAUUGUGAAGUUGUAACUCAAUAAUAUUAUUAAUUAACAUCAAGUA